AUGGAUAGUUAUGGCCUGAAUCUGAUUUACGGAUGGACUGCUUUUCAUAGGGCUGUCUAUAAUAAAGACAUCGAUCUAAUUGUUUUGCUCAUUAAAUACGACAGCCCUAUGAAAAGCAGUCCAUCCGUACUGAUCGACAAUACAGAAAUAAACAUAAAUGUGACGGACAUUAAUGGCAACACACCUUUACAUAUACUCUUCCAGUCGACAACACAUCACUUGACAACUGAUUCAAAGUCUUUACUUAGCUUUGGACCAGAAAAUCACUAUUCAAUAGUCAUAUUAAAACUAAUGCUUUACUACUGCAAGUCACAAAAGCUUAAUAUAAUUAAUAAGAGGAAUAAUUUUGGCAAAACUGCUUUGCAUUACGCGGUCGUCAAUAUUGAAGACGUAAAGACAGUGUUGUCAUUGAUAUCACUAUUGAUGGACAGCGGAUGUGAUCCCGACUGCAGAGACCGUCUCAACCGAACGCCACUAUUCUGUGCCUUUAAUGAGCGCUCAAUUUGUGAGCAAAACAAACGUCUAUUGACACGGAAUUUGAAGAAUUUCUUCGAAUCCAAGAGUGGUUUGAGUUUUUCAUCGAAAGGAUUACCGAUUGUUGUGUCGCUUAAUAUCUUUGAUUUGCAUCCGCCGUCACAAACACUCUUCGCGUAA